GCCUCUCUCUCACAUUCAACCCAUCCUCUUCAAAUAGUAUUUCAAAUAAUUCAAUUCAUCACUCUUCUCUCCCUUUGCUUCCAGUCCAAGUAAAUUCUUCUCCAUGCUCAAUUCAUUUUGACCAAGACAGAAACAUCGACCACAUAAUACCAAGUGAUCCAUCCUCUAAUUAUGAUUCUUAGCUUGGGAUCCGAGGAGUUAAAUACAAAGCAGAUACAAAACUGAUUCAAGACGACAUGGCCAAAGAAACUCCAGCAACGUUUUCAAAGUUCCUUAAUUUUAUUUGCCUUUUCAUGUUCAUGCUCAACUUCCACUCAACUCAUGGAGAACAAGAGUUUGAGCUUCUCUUAUCCUUCAAAGCAUCCAUCAAAUUCGAUCCACUAAACUUUCUCUCCAACUGGGUCAACACUUCCUCCGACACUAUCUGCAAGUGGCACGGCAUAACUUGCGACAACUGGUCGCACGUUAACACCGUGUCACUCUCAGGUAAAAACAUCUCCGGUGAGGUUUCCUCGUCAAUUUUCCAACUUCCACACGUUACAAACCUCGACCUCUCAAACAACCAGCUUGUUGGAGAAAUUGUUUUCAACUCUCCUUUUCUCUCUUCACUUCUUUACCUCAAUCUAAGCAACAACAACCUCACUGGCCCCUUACCUCAAUCCUUAUUUUCAUCAUCCUUUAUCAAUCUCGAGACUCUUGAUCUCUCAAACAACAUGUUUUCAGGCAAAAUACCUGAUCAAAUUGGAUUGCUUUCAAGUUUAACAUAUGUUGAUCUAGGUGGCAAUGUUUUGGUUGGAAAAAUUCCAAAUUCCAUCACCAACCUCACAAGUUUAGAGUCCUUAACUUUGGCUUCAAACCAAUUAAUAGGUGAGAUUCCAACAAAGAUAUGCCUAAUGAAGAGGUUGAAAUGGAUUUACUUGGGAUACAACAAUCUUUCAGGAGAGAUACCAAAGAACAUUGGAAACUUAGUUUCAUUGAAUCACCUUAAUCUUGUUUACAACAAUCUCACAGGACCAAUUCCUGAAUCACUUGGAAACCUCACAAAUCUUCAAUAUCUCUUUCUCUACCUAAACAAACUCACCGGCCCAAUUCCCAAAUCCAUUUUCAAUUUGAAAAACCUCAUUUCACUUGAUCUCAGUGAUAAUUAUCUUUCAGGAGAGAUUUCAAACCUUGUUGUCAACCUUCAAAAACUAGAGAUUCUUCAUCUCUUCUCAAACAACUUCACAGGUAAAAUUCCAAACACCAUAACAUCUUUACCACACCUUCAAGUUCUUCAACUCUGGUCAAACAAAUUAACAGGUGAAAUUCCACAAACACUUGGAAUACACAACAACCUCACAAUUCUUGAUCUCUCUUCCAACAACCUCACAGGCAAAAUCCCAAACAGUUUAUGUGCGUCCAAAAAUCUUCACAAAAUUAUCCUCUUUUCAAACUCUCUCAAAGGUGAAAUCCCAAAAGGAUUAACCUCUUGCAAAACCUUAGAAAGAGUGAGACUCCAAGACAACAAUUUAUCAGGAAAAUUGCCAUUGGAAAUCACCCAAUUGCCUCAGAUAUACCUGUUGGAUAUCUCUGGAAACAAAUUUUCUGGAAGAAUCAAUGAUAGAAAAUGGAAUAUGCCAUCACUUCAAAUGCUUAAUUUGGCUAACAACAACUUCUCAGGUGAUUUACCAAACUCUUUUGGUGGUAACAAAGUUGAAGGAUUAGACUUAUCACAGAAUCAAUUUUCUGGUUACAUUCAAAUUGGUUUCAAAAAUUUACCAGAGCUUGUUCAAUUGAAACUCAACAACAACAACCUCUUCGGUAAAUUCCCAGAAGAACUUUUUCAAUGCAACAAACUUGUUUCAUUAGAUUUAAGCCAUAAUCGGUUAAACGGCGAGAUUCCUGAAAAACUCGCCAAAAUGCCGGUUCUUGGUCUACUUGACAUAUCAGAGAAUCAAUUUUCCGGUGAAAUUCCAAAGAAUUUAGGAAGCGUUGAAUCGCUUGUUGAAGUUAACAUCUCAUAUAACCAUUUUCAUGGCGUUUUACCUUCUACUGAAGCUUUCUCUGCAAUCAAUGCAAGUUUAGUUACCGGUAACAAACUCUGUGACGGUGACGGUGAUGUUUCUAACGGUUUGCCACCAUGCAAAAGUUACAAUCAGAUGAACUCAACAAGGUUGUUUGUUUUAAUUUGUUUUGUAUUAACAGCGUUGGUUGUUUUGGUUGGUACUGUCGUGAUUUUCGUGCUGAGAAUGAACAAGAGUUUUGAAGUUAGAAGAGUGGUUGAAAAUGAAGAUGGAACUUGGGAAGUGAUUUUCUUCGAUUAUAAGGCUUCUAAAUUUGUUACAAUUGAGGAUGUUUUGUCUUCGGUAAAAGAAGGAAAAGUUAUCACGAAAGGAAGAAACUGGGUUUCGUACGAAGGAAAGUGUGUUUCGAACGAAAUGCAAUUUGUUGUGAAAGAAAUAAGUGACACGAAUUCUGUUUCCGUUAGUUUUUGGGAUGAUACGGUGACGUUUGGUAAAAAAGUGAGACAUGAGAAUAUUGUUAAGAUUAUGGGAAUGUUUAGGUGUGGUAAAAGAGGGUAUUUGGUUUAUGAGUUUGUAGAAGGGAAGAGUUUAAGGGAAAUUAUGCAUGGUUUGAGUUGGUUAAGGAGAUGGAAAAUUGCUUUGGGGAUUGCAAAAGCUAUUAAUUUUUUGCAUUGUGAAUGUUUGUGGUUUGGUUUGGGGAGCGAAGUGUCGCCGGAGACGGUUUUGGUCGACGGAAAGGGUGUUCCUCGCCUUAAGCUUGACUCUCCCGGAAUAGUAGUAACGCCGGUUAUGGGUGUCAAAGGUUUUGUUUCUUCAGCCUACGUUGCUCCAGAGGAAAGAAAUGGGAAAGAUGUGACAGAGAAGAGUGAGAUAUAUGGUUUUGGAGUUAUCCUGAUUGAGUUAUUAACAGGAAGAAACUCUGUAGACAUAGAAGCAUGGAAUGGUAUUCAUUACAAGAAUAAUAUUGUUGAGUGGGCCCGUUAUUGUUACUCUGACUGUCAUCUAGACACGUGGAUAGAUUCUGUUGUAAUGAAGGGUGAAGAUUCAUCGACCUAUCAAAACGACAUUGUUGAAACCAUGAAUCUUGCACUUCACUGUACCGCAAAUGAUCCCACCACAAGGCCAUGCGCAAGAGAUAUACUCAAAGCCCUAGAGACUGUUCACUGCAACACAGCCACUCUUUGCUGAUUUUCGUUUUUUUGCGUGCUCUCUGAUAUUUUUUUACAGUUUUUGAGAUAAAAUAAUCUCUCUCUUUUUUUCUUCCUUUGAGUUUUCUCUCUUUUUUUUUUCUUUUCUUUUUUUGUUUUCAUAUGUUUAAAGUUUUUAAUUAGUUUAGCAUAAGUAAGUUGUUUGUUGAUGAAGGCAUUGUUAGGAAACUGUUUGCUUGAUAUUUUAUAUAUGGACAUGCUAUGCUUGAGAUACUUGUGAUGAGUGUAAAACUAAAUGUAAAUAAAUUGAAUGAAUGUUAUCAAUAAGUUAAUGAAAUCAA